UUUUCAAGGUUGCCUUCCAGCAGUUUCCCCGCGCACAAGAAAAACCCGCGACGAGGCCAAGUACAACGGCCUCCUGAACGAAAGCUGUCUCACUCCCUUUCCGGUCAACGCGCGAGUUGCUAUACCCCUCUGGAGCACACCGUAAUGCCAUGGAGAGUGACUUCCAUCAUUUGUAAGUGCCACUGCGCGAUCGCUUCCACCAACUUGUCGCUGCAAGUACCUCUGAUGUCCCUUCGGAAUCUGUCCUGCCCGGACCUGACGAAAGCAGAGGACGACACCCAGCAGCUGAGUCCAAAACACAAGACGCUAGAGAGGGCACCAAGCUUGGGGGAUUCCAUUGCCAACUGCAGCGACACCAUCUCGCUCUAUUCUGACUUGGGUACUGAUGACCAGGACGACUUCCUGAAGAACUGCGACAACCUCAAGCGAAGUCGCUACUUCGACGACAGUGAGGACUCUUCCGACUGCAGCCAGAUGGAUAUCAUGGCGUCGGGAUAUCGUAACGAUGACGACUCCAUCAGCCUACAGAAUUCUCAAAGGUCCUCCGACAGCCUGCAAAGCUCGCCAAAAAUGAGCCCCAAAUAUUUCCCAGAGCUAAGGAAAAGGAAGAAAUCACCAGCGCCUCUGAGCCCUCUGACUGUACAGCAGAACGUUCAGAUUCCAAGCAUCACUAUUACCAGUGGAACCCCAACUCAAGAACACAAAGAUGUCAAAGUUGCAGAUGUUCUCGCGGCUGGUUGUGCUGCCCUGAAGAAAUGGCUCCAAGAGCUCCAGGAAGACUUCUCCGAAUGCACUGUCAUUGACGUUCCGGAAAAUCCUCCGAGCGACGACUUGGGUGUAUUCUCUCUCAAGUACACAAAGGAUACUCUGAUGCGAUUUGCUUGCGUCGAUAGUUCAGCGAAGAUAGUUCAACACGAAAUGUACAAGCUCAUACAGUGGAAGUCUCCUCUGCAAACCCUACUUGUCAUAAUGGCACUACUACACAGCCUUUGGAACGAAUAUCUAAUUACGCUUAUCUUCUUGGGAGUCGUCUUCGGACUUCUUAGGAGUUUCAUAAACAUGAGGGGCUUCCUGGGACCAGUAGAAAGUGGAUUCACGACGGACUACAAGAAGCUGGGUGCCGACAAGGUUUCUGCCAUCAUGUCAUUAAACUUAAAAAUAGCGCUGAAUUUACUAUCUUCGCAGAAAACAUUCCACAUGCUGUCCGACAUCUUCGACAAGGGCAUAAGUCUAUGGACAUGGAGAAGACCUGUGACCACAGCGAAGAUCCUCUUAGCCGCGGUCGUUCUCCUGGUUUACUCGUUGCUGAGACCUCCAGCGGAAGUGGUGAAAAUUAUAGGAACCGCGGUCACUGUGAAGGUGUUUCUCUUGGACUACGUAUUCGUACGAUUCCCUCGAGUCAGGGCCAAGUACGACCUCGUCUGGAUCUUGUGGAACGAGCUGCCAACUGGACCGGAGAUUGAGAAAGAAAAGCGAUUGAUUCGCAAGCGUGAGAAGAUCAGCCGCAAGAAGUCAGAUAACUCUGUGAGCCAGGCACCCACGAUUACCAUCAACAACAACGUCAUUGUGGACAGUCGCGCACCGUCCCCAGUUUCGGACAAAGAAUGCGGCAAUGACACCAACGAUAAGAUCAAUUCCAUCUUCGAAAUCCCGAACUCUGAGAAGAUUGUACAAGGCUGGGAACAAGGCAAGAAGUGCACACUCAUAAACAAGGAGCGAGCCUUCACGUCCGCCUUUCGCAAUGGUCGCCUCUACCUCACUCAAGGGCACUUGUUGUUCCUGAGAUACAAGACUCGGCACCCAAAAAACCUCGUGCUACCACUGCGAGAGAUUGCCCACCUGGAAUGUGGAAAGCCCUACUCGUGGCUGCAUGGUGAUACAAUGUCUCUCAUCGUCAAGAUGAGGAACAAUGCUGUGUACACCUUUGGAGCCAUCAGCAGCAGGGACGACACCUUCGCGAGCCUAGUAGAACAAGGCCUUCAGGCCGGUUACUCUUGGGCCAAGAACGCUGAAGGGUCAUUUUCCAGCUAAGAUCUCCACAUCAUAACGUCACGUCUCCAUGUGUACAGAACCAUCAGCAUCAUCGGGAGCAUCGUUGUACGGCUCCACCACUAACGUCACUCAGCUGUUCAUUUGUACAUAUACUCAGUAGUCUCUAGUCACUGUAAAUAGCUCAUUGUAUAUAGCUCAAGUAACCAUGCCAAGUUUAUCCCGGCGCGACCUAGGUCAGCAACGGUACUACCGUACCCUACUUGCCGUAUUUCUCAGGUCACGCUCCUCUGUACCUUUUGCCCAGCACAAAAGCUACUAGAGGUACUCCAGCGUGAAAGGGUUGUAUGUGAUGCUCCACAAUUACAUGUCAGAAAUGGGAGUUUGCUUCGUGUGUCUGACAUGGAAGUUGUGGGGCUUACCACUCAUCCCAGAGAAACACCGACGGCUGUACAGUUGAAAGAAUGUCUCGAAGCACAAAGCAAGCUGUGAAACAACAACUUAGAUUUAUUAAAGUGCUUUUGAUUGUACAAUAAUUUAUGCAACAAUAAACUUGUACAACAAUG